GUAGGGAAAUCGAGAAAGCAAAAGGAAGGAAAAAAAAAAAAAAAAAAGCCAUUACCAGCCAGAGAAACCCACACACACCCCCCAAAAAAAAAAAAAAAAAAAAAACCAAAAUUUUUUUUUAUUAAUAUUAAUAUUUUAUUUUAUUUUGUGAGUAGAAGAGAAGAGAAGGUGCUCCUUGUGUUUGUGCCAUCCAUCCAUCCCAUCCCAUCUCCACAUCCAGUUCUUUCUCUCCCACCAUAUCCCUCACCUUCUCUCUCCAUCAACUCAUUUCAUUUCUCAAACACACACUUUGUUUCUUUCUUUGUUUCUUUGUGUUUUUUUUUUUUUUUUUUUUGGUUUUUUAUAAACUAUGAAGAGGGGGAGAGGAACCGCGGCUAAUAAAACACCGGUACCGGCGGUGGCGGCGGCGGUACCCACGGCCGAGAAAGAACAGAGAUAUAGAGGAGUAAGGAAGAGACCGUGGGGAAGAUUCGCUGCCGAGAUCAGAGACCCGUGGAAAAAAACGAGAGUCUGGCUCGGCACUUUCGAUUCAGCCGAAGACGCCGCUCGAGCCUACGACGCCGCGGCUCGUAGACUCCGCGGCCCUAAGGCCAAGACUAAUUUCCCUCUCUCCUCCUCCUCCUCCCCUAAUAUUCAUCACCAACAACAACAACAGCAACAGCAACACCUUAACCGCACCGCCAACUACGGUGGUCCGCCGUUUUUAGAUCAUCAUCGGUUUUACGACAACGAUGAUGGAAAUGAUGAGCAGCAUCAGAGGAUGGUGAUUGAUCCGCAGAGGCCGACGUGUAGCGGUAUGAGCAGUACGGUGGAGUCGUUUAGCGGGCCCAGGCCGACUCCGCAAAAGGCGCCGCGGCCCAUGGAAACAGUUAUGGAUCGCCGGAAACGGCACCAUCCGAGGACUCCUCCUGUCGUUCCGGAAGAUUGCCACAGCGACUGCGACUCGUCGUCUUCGGUGAUCGACGGCAACAACAACAACAACUACAACAACAACAUCAACGGCAACAACGGCAACGACAACGACGACAAUGAUAUCGCGUCGUCGUCUUAUUCUAAUUUGUUGUGCCGGAAAACUCCGCUGCCUUUCGAUCUCAAUCUGCCGCCGUUGGAUUUGGAUCACGACGUUGACUUUGUUGGUGAUGAUCUCAACUGCACCACCGCUUUGUGUCUCUAAUUUAUUCUCCAUGAUUAUUAUGAUUAUAAUUAUGAUGAUCAAUGAUUUUUCUUUUUUCUUUUUUUAAUUUUGUUGUAUCUCUUUCUUUUUUUUAUUAAAUCAAAAAAAAAAAAAAAAAAAAAAAGAAGAAAUUUAUGAGAUAAAGAUUAUUAUAAAUUGAUGAUCUUAAAUUUUAGGAUAA